AUGGGUAAUUGCACAAAAAUGUGCUAUGUUAAUGAAGAAGUGCAUUAAAUUGAUCGAAAUGAAGAAUUGUUAAUUGAUAUAGGGCUUAAAAACGAUGAAAUCUAAUAACCUUCAACAUAUUCUAGAUAAAAGGAAAAUAAAGAAGAUGAAUAUUCAUAAUGUUCAAAAAGAAGUGUCCUUCCUCAUAUAAUAAUGAGUUCUGAUGAAAUAAUAGUAGAAUAAACAAUAUAAUCAGCAAUUCCAGUAAAAUUACCUAGAAUAAUGAUGGAAGGGGGUUCAUACUAUGAAGGAGAAUGGAUGCAAGGAAAAAGAUGGGGAUAAGGUGAAUAAAAGUGGCCUGAUGGGUACAAAUUCAUUGUAUUUGAGUGUUUAGGUCAAUUUAUUUAGGAGAAUGGAAGAACAAUUAAGCUAACGGGUAUGGAAUAUUAACUCAUUCUGAUGGAGAUGUAUAUUAAGGUGAAUGGUUAAAUGAUUAAGCAUCUGGAAAGGGAAUUUAUAUAAGCUACUAAAAAGCAUAAUAUGAUGGUGAUUGGUUUGAAGAUAAAUAACAUGGUUAUGGGAUAGAAAAAUGGCCUGAUGGAUCAAUUUUCGAAGGUUAGAAAUUAAAUUUAUUUUAUAUUAGGUUAUUAUAAAGAAGGUAAAAAGGAAGGAUUUGGUAAACUUAUAUAUUCAGAUGGAUCUAGAUAUGAAGGAAAUUUUUUGAUGAAUAAUUUGCAUGGUUAAGGAAAAUACUAUUGGAUGGAUGGAAGGAUAUACGAUGGUCAAUGGGUUGCAAACUAAAUGGAGGGAAAUGGUACAAUGACAUAUAUUGAUGGUAUAACAAAUAUAUUAGUCAGGAAAAUAGUAUAUUGGUGAAUAUAAAGACGGAUUGAAGCAUGGAUUAGGAACAUAUACCUGGGAAGAUGGUCAUAAAUAUGUUGGAGAAUGGGAUAUGGAUAAAUAAAAUGGAGUUGGGGAAUAUUUUUUUAUUAAUGGAGCUUCAUAAAAAGGAAUUUGGUAAAAUGGAAAACGAAUUAAGUAAGAAUGA